CACCCACGACCGGUCGGUUGCGUAUGCUGGUCUACAGUGGCUGGGAAAAAGAGAAGAAAUGUAGCCACCCGCCAACACAUGGGAUUGUAGCGAAAUAAGGGGAGAACUGGUUGAAACAGUGACAGCUGAAGUCUGCGGGACGUGUCCAGAGAGAGAGAACUUUAACCAUGGUUUCCAUCGACCAUGUGGCUCACAAAAUACUGACGUACUUCCCAUAUGUUCUUGUUUUGAUUGAUAUUAGGUUUCAAGGAGGGAAAUGUGGCAAGGAUGGGAGUGUGGACAAUCACAUGGAGAUGGGGAAGAAACUUCUUGCUGCUGGCCAGCUAGCUGAUGCCCUCUCUCAUUUCCAUGCAGCUGUGGAUAUAGAUCCCCAAAACUACAUGGCAUACUACAGAAGAGCUACAGUGUUUUUAGCAAUGGGGAAGUCAAAAUCAGCAUUGCCUGAUUUAAGCAGAGUCAUUGAACUCAAACCGGACUUCACAUCUGCACGGCUUCAGAGAGGAAAUCUUCUUCUGAAGCAGGGAAAGCUGGAUGAAGCGGAGAGUGACUUCAAGAAGGUGCUGAAGUCCAACCCCAGCGACAAAGAAGAGAAGGAGGCCCAGAGCCAGCUGACAAAAUCAGAUGAAAUUCAGCGCCUGGUGGCUCAGUCACGCCGGAGCUUCGACGACAAGGAUUAUGUGACAGCUGCUGCACAGCUUGACACCGUCAUCGAGACGUGCAUUUGGGAUGUGACCUCUCGUGAGAUGCGAGCAGAGUGUUUCAUUCAGAUGGGAGAGAUGGGGAAAGCUAUCAGCGACCUUAAAGCUGCAUCCAAGUUAAAGAAUGACAAUACCCAGGCUUUCUACAAGCUGAGCACCAUCUACUAUAAUCUUGGAGAUCAUGAGAUGUCCCUCAGUGAGGUGCGUGAGUGCUUGAAGUUGGAUCCUGAUCACAAGCAGUGUUACAGCCAUUACAAGCAAGUGAAGAAGCUCAACAAACAGAUCCAAGCUGCUGAGGAAUACAUCCAAGAACAAAGGUAUGAAGACGCAGUGAGCAAGUACGAGGCGGUGAUAACCACCGAGCCCAAUGUGCAACAUUUCUUGCUUCUUGCCAAGGAGCGAAUCUGCCAUGCGCUAACACAGGCCCAGCAGGCUAGCAGAGCAAUCUCAGUCUGUAGUGAAGUCCUAAAGUCCAAUCCUGUGAAUGUUAAUGUGCUGAAGGACAGAGCUGAGGCCUAUCUCCAAGAUGAACAGUAUGAGGAAGCUGUUAAAGAUUACGAGACUGCUGCAAAACACAGCGAGGGGGACCGUCACAUCAAAGAAGGUCUGGAAAGAGCACAGCGGCUACUCAAACAGUCUCAGAAGAGGGAUUAUUAUAAGAUCCUUGGAGUGAAGAGAACUGCCCAGAAAAAGGAGAUUAUCAGAGCCUACAGGAAACUGGCACAACAGUGGCACCCGGACAACUUCCAGGAUCCGGAGGAAAAGAAGAAGGCAGAGAAGAAGUUCAUAGACAUCGCUCAGGCUAAGGAGGUUCUCACUGAUCCAGAGAUGAGAACCAAGUUUGACCACGGAGAAGACCCCAUGGAUCCAGAGAGCCAGCAGGGGCACCAUCAUCAUCACUUCCACGGCUUUCAGGGUUUCAAUCCGUUUGGCUCCGGGCCCUUUAACUUCAAAUUCAACUUCAACUGAGGCGGCUUACUCUUCAGCACAGCUGGAGUGAAUAUUUGUACUUUCCUCCCUAUUUAAAAGGGAGAUCACUGGCAUAAAAAGACUGUUCACAAGUAUCAUAAAAAUGUGGAGCAUAAGGUGACUUGAUUCAGUGAGUCUAAUUAAUUAAAAAUGCAUCUUUGCUGUGGGAAUCAAAACUUUGGGGGAAAAGGUCUCCUCCUCUGCUAACAAAUAUCAGACUUGAAGCGGCUUUUAUCUAUCAGAUCUUACUCUUGUAUCCUCUCCACAAAUUGUACAAUCACUUCACAUCCAUUCGUAGGAAUGUAUUUGUACAGAGGUACAGUAUUAUUUUUGUAUGAAUGGAGGGUUUUUUGAACUGUAAAUAAAGAGCUAUUUAUGUACAUUAAA